AUUGUGCAAAGCGUCCUAAGUGGAUGUCACAUCCGGUCUGAACAGCCGGCAGGAUUGAAGGAACAAUCUGGAGUUUCCCCCUACUUGUAUCGUUUAUUUUUUAUACUUUUGACAUUAUUUUAUUCGUGCAGACACAAUGACCUUCGAUGUGCGGAGGUUCGAUGUCUACAGGAAAGUGCCCAAAGAUCUUACCCAGCCCACAUAUACUGGAGCUUUCAUUUCAAUAUGCUGCUGUGUCUUCAUGUUGUUCCUCUUUCUCUCCGAACUGACGGGAUUCAUCGCUACAGAAAUAGUAAAUGAACUGUAUGUAGAUGACCCCGAUAAGGACAGUGGGGGGAAGAUAGAUGUGAGUUUAAACAUCAGUUUGCCAAACUUACACUGUGAUUUGGUGGGUUUGGACAUCCAGGAUGAGAUGGGGCGGCAUGAAGUGGGCCACAUAGAGAAUUCAAUGAAAGUGCCUCUAAACAAUGAUCACGGGUGCCGCUUUGAAGGGGAGUUCAGUAUUAAUAAAGUUCCAGGAAACUUUCAUGUGUCUACACACAGUGCGACUGCUCAGCCUCAGAGCCCUGAUAUGACCCACAUCAUCCACAAACUCGCCUUUGGGGAGAAGCUACAGGUGCAAAAUGUCCAGGGGGCUUUCAAUGCAUUGGGUGGAGCCAGCAGACUUGAGUCAAAUGCUUUAGCAUCUCACGAUUACAUUCUUAAGAUCGUCCCUACAGUUUAUGAGGACCUGGGAGGGAAGCAGAGAUUUUCCUACCAGUACACCGUGGCUAACAAGGAGUAUGUGGCAUAUAGCCAUACGGGACGCAUCAUCCCGGCGAUAUGGUUUCGCUAUGACUUGAGUCCAAUCACAGUGAAAUACACAGAGAGGAGACAGCCGUUCUAUCGCUUCAUCACUACUAUUUGCGCUAUCAUCGGCGGGACGUUCACAGUGGCAGGCAUCAUCGACUCCUGCAUAUUCACGGCCUCUGAAGCCUGGAAGAAAAUCCAGAUUGGGAAAAUGUCAUGAGUACUCAUAUCUACUUACCAUGCCUUUUAUUUAUCCCAGCCAAACCUCUGCACAACCGUCAUUACACCCUGUUAUUAUGACCCACACUAACUGGAAAACAUAGUCGUGCCAGUUCAAUUCUCUGUGGGCUCAUUUGGUUAGACUGGUUUUCAUCUCUAAACAUUUAAUACAGUGUAUUACAGGGAUUUCAUUUGGGGCAUUUAGGUGGUUUCCUUACUUCGCUCUCAUAUUAAUUCACCCAUAACUUUCAAAGAACUGAUGUGGAAAGAACCUGUCUUGCUCAUUGGAAGGACGCCAGGGUUUCCUUGUUUAAAUACAUAUGACUGAGAUGUGUACGUGUAUAUUGUUACAUACAAGGUGUAGUGUCACUUUGAUCGGUUAUAGUGAAAGAGUUUUAAUAGAAUUCCCCUUAAAGAGAAAUAAUCAUUGAAUUAAUUCAGUGUGCCUUCAUAUGAGCUGAGCUUUCUACCUGGUCCUGGUUAAACCUCGUGAAACCUGUCAAAGACCAUGUCUUGUUCGAUUUUUGGGGUCAUAUUGUGCCUCAAAAUGAAAUUUACAAAAAUAAUAUUUUUGCAUCGUGAUUUCUUCGCAUGACAGUUAAACCCAUUUCUCCCGAUUCAUUACAUAAUAACUAUGUAUUAUUUAAAGUGAGUUUUCUAAUCAAGCUAGUGUUUGCCGUUUUCUUUUUUGCCUUUAAUAUGUGCAGAUUUAAAUGAUUUUACUGUAUUUUUACAGUAUUCUAUUACACUAAUGGGAAUUAUCAUUGAGAAUUAUAUCCAGAUACAUUAUGGUAAUGACAGUUUGGGGUUAAAUGUGUUUAAUUAUCAUGAAAAUGUCACAAUCCAAAUAAUUGCAAUGUUUCUAAAAUCAGAUCGAUUUCAUAUUUCUUUUGAUUUGGUGGUGGACUGUGAGCUGUACGUAUUUCAUGAGAUGAACCUGAAUGUUUUAAAAGAGGUGGAUGCUGGUCUUAUUUGGGUUUAAUUAAGGAAUGCUUAUUCCCAGAUUGUCUUUCUAUGUUACAUCUUGCACUCUGAUGUCAUUCUGGUUGUAGACCUGUAUUUUAUUUUGAUUGUUUGAUUGAAGGGAAAUCAUGAUUGUCUUCUUUUUUUAACUAAAAGACUCUUGAAGGAAAGUUUUUUGUUUAUUUCCGUGUCUGUAAAGGCACUUUGUGGCUUAACUGUACUUUUAUUUCAGUCCAUAAUGUUUAAUGGUUAACCUUUUAUUGUUUUGAAGAUUACGCUGGAAACGUGUUGUUUACGUCUUGUCAAGCGUUCCCUCUGAACACUGCUGUAGCGUUUCCUGUCAGUGUUUUGACCAUGCUCUAAGAUCUGGUUGUACUGGUAACACAGGAUUGUUCCACAUGAAAGCAAGCUACAUGUCAAACGUGUGAUGCGUCGUUGCCACAAGUUGACAUGGCAACAGAAGUGUAUUUUCACUACAUUUAGUGAGAACAGAAACCACAACCUACUUUUCAGCCUUACUUAAUCAAAUGGACGUCAUCAUCUGGACUAUGCCACUUUAUUCUGUCUUUGUUUACCAUGGUUAGAAUAAACCACAGCAACGGCUGGA